ACACAUAGGUACGAAUGCAGAGAAUUUGUGAAAAUGUAUGGUGUAGGUUUAACGAUCGAGUCCAACGGUGGUACGUAGAAUGUUAAUCGGUGGACGGUCGUGUAUGCUGCUGGUUGUUGGUGUUGGAAGGGGCCUGUAACUGGUACAGAUAGAGUAAAAGAGGUUUAGCAUUUGCCAGAUUAUAUGUUGUUCUGGCAAAGCUGGUGAUCGAAACCCUGUAUCUAGGAAUGCACGCGAAUAUAGUACAGCAUAGAACGGAAUGUUUCUGCCUUUUGUGAAUGGUGCUGUUCGCUGAUCGGCGUUUGUUCUUUGUUUCCCAGAGCGUGCAUAGCAGAGAAGAGACUUGACGAAGUAGUAGUAAUACAUUCGGAGACCUUGCUAAUAUAAUCCCAACUCUAAAAUGAAGUUGGUUGAUCACGUAGUUCGAAGUUUUAAAGUUGCUAAGGUGUUUCGGGAGAACACCGAUAAGAUUAACAGCAUUGACUUCUCGCCUAGCGGUGACACAUUGAUUUCUUGCAGCGAAGAUGAUCAAAUUGUUAUUUACGACUGUGAGAAGGGAACCCAGAUGAGAACUGUUAACAGUAAAAAGUAUGGAGUGGACCACAUCCACUUCACCCAUGCGAAAAAUACUGCUAUUCACAGUUCCACGAAAGUAGAUGAUACAAUACGAUACUUAUCCCUCCAUGAUAACAAAUACAUCAGAUAUUUCCCCGGACAUACGAAGAAAGUCGUAUCACUUUGUAUUUCUCCGGUUGAAGAUACUUUUCUUUCUGGAUCACUGGAUAAGACCCUGAGAUUGUGGGAUUUGAGGUCUCCAAACUGUCAAGGACUUAUGCAUCUAUCAGGUCGUCCUGUUGCAGCAUAUGACCCAGAAGGGCUUAUAUUUGCAGCUGGUGUUAAUUCAGAAAGUAUUAAGCUGUAUGAUUUAAGAUCAUUUGACAAGGGUCCAUUUGUAACAUUCAAGUUGAGUCAAGAAAAGGAGUGUGAUUGGACAGGUUUGAAGUUCAGUCGGGAUGGGAAGACUAUCCUAAUUUCAACCAAUGGCUCCAUUAUUCGGCUUAUUGAUGCUUUCCAUGGAACUCCAAUGCAGACAUUUACUGGUCAUCUCAAUAACAAGGGGAUCCCUAUUGAGGCUUCAUACAGUCCUGAUUCACAGUUUGUUUUUAGUGGCUCUACAGAUGGACGAGUUCAUGUAUGGAAUGCUGACACAGGCUACAAAGUGUGUGUCCUCAAUGCUGACCAUCCUGCACCUGUGCAGUGUGUUCAGUUUAAUCCAAAGUAUAUGAUGCUUGCAUCAGCAUGUACCAAUAUGGCAUUUUGGCUUCCAACUGUAGAUGAAAAUGCUUGAAAUAAAUUUUCCGAAAAGCACAUUUUGAAAUAAUUAUGCUGUGCUCAAAUUCAGGGUGCUCUGAGUUAAACUUAUAAAAGGAAAUCUUCCUUUUAGUAUGGCAAGAGCACCAUUUUUUUAUUUGUGAAAUUUGCAUUUAUCAGUCUUCAAGAUAUUUUUGACAGUCAGACAUUUCAUUAAAUGUUUUUCGGUUGUAAAUGGUCAUUAAAUCCAGGGUUAUUCUGUAAUUUGCAUUAGUGAUUAAUCCUAUUUAGACAUUCAGGUAAUGGAUCUGUGGAAUACUGCACUGUGGAGUUAAUGAGUUACAUAUGCAAUUUCCCCUAUGGACGCAACUUUUUCGGUGCAAUCCAAGAAAUAUGUACCUGUUAAAACAUAUUCAAGUGAGUAUGUGGUGUAUAUAUUAAUAUGAGUGGUGGUUUGAAUGUUUUAUGUGUGUUAACAUGCACAAAAGUGAAAUAUCUUUUUCUCAGUCACUGUGUACUGUUCACAAAGCAAAUAAUUAUCCUGCUCAACUUGUAAAAUUGUUCACAGUAAGCAAUUAAUAACUGUAUUUGAUAUGAAAAUUGUAAUGUACUAUGUGUUGUUUAUCUAUUCAGAUUUGUAAUUGAGAUGCUGUUGGUUAAUUCACAGCUCUAUUGUCUCUGUGUUAUUGACUGAAAGCUGCAAUCAUUAUUGUGGGGUGCCUAGUCCCAGUUAAUAUGCAGUAAGUUGGAACAUUUAUAAAAUUAAUCUCCUUUUAGUGGUUGGGGGUUGCUUUCCAUGCACUUUUGAUUGCAGACUUUGGUGGAUGUGGAGUCUGACAACAAAGUAUUCCAAAUUGGAAAGUUAAUAGAGAUCAUUGAUCUUUAAAAUAGAAAUGAAAAUUGAAUUGUUAGAAGACUGACAAGCAUCAGUAUCACUGAUCCAUAUAACAUGGCUACAUUUAUUUCCAGUCCCAUAUAAAAUUUAUAUCCAGUAUUAAUUUCAGCUUUCAUGGACUUUUUACAUCAUGUGUCAUUUUCCUUGGUUGUAGGAUCAAAAAUAAUUUUAUAUAUAUAUAUAUAUAUAAGGGAAAGAAAAAUCUAUCAAGCGUAACUGUUUCAUUGUAGAAUUCUGCCUUGAUAGCUUCACAUUUUGUAAAGGGCAUCUUGAAUUUUACACUCUUAAUAUAUAAAAAUAUAACAGUUACACUUGGUUUUUACUUUUUCAUAUAUUAAGAGAGUGUAAUGUUCAAGAUGCCCUUUAUAACAUUCUUUUGUCACUUUCUGACGAUGUUAGGAUAUAAUAAAAAUGUUUUCCAGCUUUCAAGACGGUAGCAUUCAUUUGUCAGAAUGACUGGUCUUCAUUGAAAUGUUGCAGUCUGUCCUGUCAUUGUUUCUGCAUCACUUCACAGGUCCCAGCAACAUUUACCUCUCAUCCAUUGUAUCAAUAUGCAUCUGUUCAUUUCUGCAAAAGUACAUUCAUGAUGCACAAAUGGUGCCCUGAACAUUAUGCCCAAGUGCACAGCAGUUCCUUGAUUUAAUAUAAUAUGUAGCUUAUUUAAAAACAAUACAUUUUGUUGUAGAUUGCAUGAUAACAUGGAAAAGGGCUCUAAUAGCAGCAGUUUUAUCCAGUAAUAUUCAUAAUUCUCUUAUCUUAAGAAUUAUUAGUAGUGAAAAAUUUAGUCUGCAGAAAUGGUAUCUUGUAGAUGUUAAAAAGCCUGUAAUGUCAGAAUGCUUGCGUAAGGUUUCAGGCAUCUUUGUUCCGUGAAAAUAAUAUUCAGUAUUCUGGGAUAGACAUAUGAAAUGGAAUAAUUUACAUAUGAAAGACUGCUGGAUUGAAUCUAGAUUUCUCUUACCUUUCGGUUUGCUUAUAUGAGUGGAAUGGUACUGUGAUAAUUUCCAGUUCAAUCUUGAAUCAUCAGUCAAACUGCCUAUAUUGCCUCAGACAGGGUAGCUUAAUAUAAAUUUCUGGUAAUUCAGCACAACUGAUGUGUCAAAAUCACUGUCUCCAUUAUAUUAUGAAUGAGCCUUACACCAACUUAAACCUGUAAUAUGUUGAAUUAUGUGCAGAUUUAACAAAAUGCUUAAAUGUUCCCUAAGUUCAAAUUUUUAUGGCAUGAACAUAGCUUAAAGUGUUCUGUACUUCCUCCUGAUCCAGAAGUAACACUCACUUGUGCUUUCAGUGUAACUGAUUUUUGUAGGCUGAAGUCAUGCAUAUUGAAUUUUUCAGAUUGACUGUUACUUUACCUGAAACAACACCAAAAUCUUGAACAGUGUUUCAUUAUAUUUCUUUGAGCCUUGUUGUGAUGGAUAUUAUUGAGACCAUAGAAAACAUCUGAGACACUUUGACAACACAUGAAUUCAGUGUGUGAAUAUCUUUAAUAAACCAAGAGAAUAAUGAUAUGCAUAUAAAUGUCAGAAAAUUAGUAGGCUUUUUUCCCCACCAAUUAUAAAUUCAGAGGGGGUAUAAGCUUGCAACAUAUUUGGAAGUCGAUAUUGGUGUUAUUUUUUUAUGUUUAAUUUUGAAAAUGGUCAUUAGCUGUAGAAAGACACGCAUGCAUAUCAACAUACUGCUGGAAAACACACACUCUUAAUUGAAGGAUUGUAUGCAUUAAUACAGUUUUGUAUAAAAUAACAAAUAUUAGUUCGGUAUGGAACUGAAUUUUUUAAUCAAGUCAUGCAGCAUGCAUAUGGUCCAUGUCUUUAUUCAUAUUUUCUGCCCUCUCUUUAUUACCAAAUAGUACUGGUCAAUUGUGCUGCAGUAUUUAUGAUUGCUCAUACAUUCUGUAAACUACUUGAACUAAAACACAGUCAAUGUUACAACUUCUCAGUUGAGCUGGGUUUAUAGAGAAACUCCUGAGAGGUUUAUGCAGCAGAUGAUGAAAACUAUUUAUACAGGGUUUGUCCGAAAAGUAAUGUCAGUUAUUUUAUUGUGAAGUGACUAUAUGUCGCAGCACUCUCAGACCGGUUGGGAUCGGUGGAGGGGGAAGUCAGCUUAUGAACCCGCGGUCGCUUAGUCGUCUCCGAACUUCCUGAGAGUGACGAAAGGCUUUUCCGUGAAACUCGUUUUUGUCUCCCGUGCAAGCCGCAAUGCAGCGCUCCUUGGAACAAAGGAUUGCCAUCAUGUUUUGUGUGAAACUUGGCAAGUCUGCAGUGGAAACUUUUCCCAUGAUAAAGACGGCCUUCGGUGAUGAUUGUUUGUCGGAAUGUCAGGUCUACCGGUGGCACAGGGCCUUUUUAGAAGGCCGUGAAGAGGUCGACGAUGAAGCCCGCGCUGGACGGCCAUCAACAAGCACCACCGACGAAAAUGUGAGUUUGUACUACAUGGUACAACCAUCAACGCCAAAUUCUACAUGGAAGUGCUAAAGAGACUCAAACGAAGUGUUUGUCUCAUCCGGCCCGACAUCGCGGACGAUUGGAAACUUCACCAUGACAAUGCGCCAGCCCACACCGCCUUCCUCGUGACCCGCUUCCUGACCAAUUCAAAGGUGCCAACGGUUCCCCAGCCGCCCUACAGUCCUGACGUGGCUCCCCAGACUUCUUUUUGUUUCCGCGCUUGAAAACUCUCAUGAAAGGACAUCAUUUUGGGACAGUUGGCGAAGUCAAAGAGGCUUGCACCAAGGCUCUAAAGGACAUUCCGGAGGAGGCCUACCAUGACGCCUUCGAUGCCUAGAAAUCUCGCUGGAAUCGAUGUAUCGACGCAGAAGAAGCCUAUUUUGAAGCCUUUUAAUGUGUUGCACCGAUCUAAUCCAUAAAAGUUUUUUAAUCGACUCACUGACAUUACUUUUCGGACAAACCCUGUAUACUUACUGUAAUUUUUUUUAAGUAACAAGGAAAAAAGUUCAUUGUCAACAGAAGUAUUACUAAGGAAAGACCUAUCUGUUAUCUCAGAAUAAACACUUUCACAGAAAACUGCUAGGUGACGUCUCGGUAUCGGUACAUGAAGGGGAAAAAGUAUACGCAGGUAUGACUUCAACCCAAGUGAGGAAAAUAUCACCUGUGGUGUUUACAGAUAAUUCUGGUGAGUUUGUAGGGUGAUAAAGUAUAGCAGUUACCCACAGGGUACUCCCAAAUAUUUCCACAUUCUUAACUGAAAUUCAUGUUUGUUGGUCUUUUCAAUACUGUGACCCAACAUCCCAUCCAUUGAAAUGUUUGCUUCCACUGUGUUGAAAUUGGAACAGACAAGCAAAAUUAAGAAAUUCCUUAAAAAUGUUAACAUAUUGCAUUUUCUCGUUUAUCAGAAUAUUUUUAAAUCCAUCAUUCAUGAAGCUGGGACUAUCUAGUGGAUUAUGUUAAAUCUAUUGUAACAGACCUUCUUAAAUAGUGCCUAGUACUGUUUAAGUAGUUAUUUUCAUGGUUAUCUUAUUGUCUGAAAUGAAAACUUCUUGUGUACCCCACAGUUAGUCUGAUGGUGAGUCUAGAUUCAUUUUUCAUUAACGUGUGUGUGUAUAUAUAAUAAUCUACAUCUGUUUGGUAUAAUUAAAAUCAUUAUAUUGAUGCAUUUCAUUAAAGUGAAGGGAACAUAUGGAAUCUUAAGCAUGGUGAUGUGUGGCUGGUGUAUACAUGUGUAAUAUUAUUGUGUGGUUAGUGUCUUUGUGAAAGUGUAUUUACUGCACAGUUGCAUUUACUUCAUACCACAAGAGUGGGGUCAUUGCAUUGAUCUCAGAGGUCAUAAGUUGGUUUGUUAAACUGUGUGUGUGGAUGCUUGGGACAAAGAGUAUUGUGCGUGCAACAGUGCAUGUGUAUUCUCAGAAACAUAGAAUUCUGAUAAUCAAACCACAGGCUGUUCUUUGUAGCACCAGUCCAUCCGUUUAGUGUUUUAAAUGUAGGUUCACUUGUUAAAUAUGACACCAUUAUGCAGUGAAAUUAUUACCUACACAGAAUCACCCUGGUUUUAGCUCAGGCUAGCCUCACUAUCUACAUUUUAUUUAGGAAUGCUGAAGUGCAGUGUUAGCUAACAUUUCAGAUUGACAUUGAACACCUAUAGCUUGCUUAGAUUCAUUUGCCUAUGUGUACGCACUUGGCGAGACCCAGAUAUUAAUGACAUUUCUUGUUUUGUUUCCAUUAUAUUUCCUACUUUUUAUAAAAUCUGUUGACAUUUUCCUUCCUAGUUUGCACUUUAUGUAUUUUAAGCUGGAAAUCACUAAAAGAAAGUAACAGAGAAUUGUAAAUUACUGUCACAUGUCACAUUAUCUGGUUCUGUAAUGUUACCCUUUGGCCAUAGUAUUCUGUGAAGUGAAGAAUCAGCUCUAGUAACUUGGAGAAUUCCACAACAUGUAAGCAGUAGUUUGCUUGUGGACUACAGGCCACAGAGUUUUUUUGUAAGCAGCAACUCUGCACAAAGUAUUUUGAAAUAACGAAUUAUAUUUUAAUGUGUCUUGUUAAUGUAAGAUGAGCACCCAUUUGAUAGCAAGUGCUGCUGGUUAUUCACUUUUAAGCUAGUGACACAUGCAAUGUCAGUAUUUUAUUGUGAUAUGUAAACUGUAUGAAGCUGCUUUUUUAUAAGUAGUUUCAUGAUACAAAUAGUAGUCAUAGACAGGUAGCCAAUGUGUUUAGCUGUACAGAAUAGUGACAUUCAUUUUAUACCCAUGUAUGUGUUCAGAAUGUUUUUUUAAGUACAGUAACAAUUUUAUUAUGAAUAAAAACUUGACCAUCCACUA